CAGAAAGCACGGUUUUUCCCGUUCCGAAGCCUUCGAUGGCGAUCUUUUAGAGUGCUUUCAACUCUCAGUUCGCGACACGUCCAUGUCUGCGACUGCUCACGACGCUGUCUCUCUGUCUCUCGCAGCGACCUCAGCGCUGGCGAAAACCGACAGGACAAAAGAGGCGAACCGAGAAGCGAAUCUUGUGGAAGGGAGAAAGAAGGAAAGCUGUGUGUUGUUGUGCCACGAAAAGAUCUCUAACAAACGGAGAGACGCUCUGGGUCUCCAUCGCCUCGCGUCUGAAAUCCGCGAAGAGAAAUGGAGCUUUUGCGGGAUUGUGACAGACCGGCAAGGCUUUACGAUCUAGGAAAUCGCCACUAAUUGUGUCUCGCCCUCUUGUCCUCGUCAAUGCCUCGACACCCCAAAGAAAAGUUCCAUCGUUUGAAGAGGGUGAUGGGAGGGAGAGACACUACGGGGGGCCCGGCCGCGGCGACUCGCAUUUCGCAGGCCUUGAAACUCUAUGAAACAUCUGGGUGUGCUUCGAGGAACAAAGAAAGUCCGCGAAAGCCUGUCUAUGGGGAUCUGCAUACAGGCACAUGAAAGCAAAACAAUUCAAGGCGGCAUCGACCUGAGUGCAGUCGUUUCCUGCGCCUACCCUGCAGGCGUCUCGACAAGCGUAGGAGGUCCUUCAAAAUGGGGGGAGACAGAAGUGGAAGAAGCGUGAAUUAGCAAUGCCGACGAAGGUGGAAAAAUCCCCUUCAAAUCUGCGAUGGAGCGAGAGAGUUUGUGCCUCAGCGUCGCCUAAAUAGUCGAGGAGCGAGAGGUGUAGACACGAAGACCUUUUUUCAGUUCCUGAGUCGUGUUCCGUAUGUAGCCUCGCGGGACUGCUCGUUUUUUUCGCAGUUUUUACAUUGCUCCCUUGCCUGGGUCCUCCUCCUCUGUGUUGAGCAUUUUGAGGAGCCCGGUUCUUCCACACUCACCGUCCAGGUUCCUGUGGUCUCUUCAUGUACCUAAGCCAUCUUUAGAUCUCACAGUACAGGCGAAACGACAUCCUUUCCUUGAUUCUGUCUCCCCACCUGUCGUCUCCCCCGGUCUCUCGCCUCGUGCGUCUGUCCGCGUGUUUUCUCAGGGUCCCUGUUCGGUUGACGAGUGUCUUUUACCUGUGUCCUGUGCCUCGCGUCUCUCUCUCCCCAAGAUGUUUCGGCCGUCGCUGCUUCUGCCGAGCGACGAGUAUCGAGGUCACUCGAUGUGGAAGGUGGGGUGGAUGUGCAGCGGAGUGCUCUUCGAGUCAGGGAGCGCUCUGUUGAUGGCGAUUCUCGCAUGGUGCUACGCGACGAUGGACGUGACACAGGCGGUCUGGGCGACCCUGCCGCUGCCUGUGGCGGUGUUCGAUUUCUUGGUUCUUCUUCUGGGCCUUCACCGUCUCCAUGUGGGCCGCGCCUGGCUUCUGACGUCUGAACUUCAUGUCCGGUAUCUGCUGCUCUUCUCGUUCCUCUUCCGUCUUCUCUCUUCGCUCACUCUGUCUCUUGUGCUUCUCGACUUCCUGCCCCUGACGCUGCUGCCGGUGCCGCCCUGCAUGGGCUACCUUGGGGGGGUCGUCAUCAAUGUGUACGCUGGCGACUCGUACACGUGGAUUCGUCUCCACGUCCUGGACCUGGUCGUCUCUCUGACUUGCGUGAAUGUCGUUCUGUCGUCUCUCUCCGCGUCUCCCUGGUCUGCCUCCUGUCUCCUCUACCCUGUCUUUGCUGUCUGCGUCGCGUUCGUCGCUCUCACGCUUCUUCUGUGGUACGUACUGAUCACGGACGCUGCCCUCCGGCGCGAUACGCUCCUGCGUCUCGCGGUCAAUCUCCUUCUCCAUCUGUCCUUCUCACUCUUCCUCUCUAUCAUUUUCCUUGCUCAGUUCAUGGACCAGAGACAGGCUGCAGCUGCGGAACUCUUGCCAGUGGAAGGAGUCGCCGGCGCCGGUGCUCAGCCAGGACGCAGGGGCUCCGAUCUGUUUUCUGUCCUGAUCUCUCUCUUCUCGCCUCUCAUAAAGUACGUGGACCCUCCGGUCAAGCCUGCCCGCCCUCUCCAGUCGGAGCCGGAGUCGCCUGCGACGCCUGACGGCACCUCUCUCCUCUCACCCGACGAAGAGAUCCGCGGCGAGGCCGACAUGAUCACAGCUACGUAUUGGGCUAUUCCCCUGCUCUUUGCUCUGCUGCUUGUCCAGAUCUUUGCCGGGUCCUGGUUCGUCUUUCUUGUCGCCUCUCACACAGACGUCUCGUCUCCACCCGAGUCUCCCUUCCUGUCUCUCUCAGCGCCCUCGUACGCCUCGGGUGAGAGCCGUUGCCCGAAUGGCGCCUCAGGACUCCGCGGGCCUGAGGAGGCACUUCCGCUCACCUGCAAUAUGCGCGUCACCCUUGAGAAGGUGGGUCACCAUUUCUACCGCAUUCUCCACAGUCCUGGUCCCGAUGCCUCGGCCGAGCAAGUGGCGUUUCUUCGAGAUGCUUUUCCGUUCACCCGACACCAGAAAGAAGCGCACGAGACCCGCAAGGAGGAUAUGGUGGCGGCCCUCGCCCAAGAGACACGAGACACGCCACUGGCGAGAUCGGAGACAUCCGCAGGACGCCAAGGCGUAGAAGUCGACAACAGCGGGGACGACAGGGAGGGAGACGACGCGGAACUCGAGUUCGCUGUGGCAGUAGAUCUGAGUGGGGAAGCUGGCAAGGGCGAGGGUCGUCUCGCGUGCGAAGAAUCUUGGAGAGGAGAGACAGAGGGAGAGAUAGAGAAUCCUCCUGAGAGGCGCCUGGGAACGCAAGGGCGAGACAAGUCUGGAGACAAAUCUAGAGGUGUGUCUCCGCCUUCAGGGGCCGCACAAAGAGCCAGGAGAGAAUGUGAAGGGGGCGGGAUGUCUGAGUCAAGAGGGGGGAUGCCUGACUCUCUUGAUGGCGUAGAGAAGGUGACCGGCCUUCCCGUCUCACCUGAGGCGGCACCACCCACAGUGGAGAGAGGCAGAAGACCAAGGAACGCUGAUGCCAGAGAGGACAGAGAUUCCGGGCCAAGUCGAACGAAUAACAUCGCGCAGGGCGAACUGAAGUUAGACCAAGAGACCGCGUCUGCUGUUGUGUCCGCUGACGGCGAUCCGCUCGCUUCGGCGUCGCCACUGGAGUCUGUAUGUCCGUCUCCUUCUUCGCUUCCUUCUUCGCUUCCAAGAGACGCGCAUCUCUCCUCCACAAGCUCUCUCCGAUCUUCGCAGCCCAUCAAGUGCACUUCGGAGCGCAGCGCAAGGCCGGAUACCAUUCAAGAAGCCAGGAGAGGCGCAGAGGGAGCCGAGGGGGUGGGAGAAGGCGAGGAGACGGCAGACGGUUGGGAGGGGAGGAGAGAGAGAGCAGCCGCUGCAGAGGCCAACGAACAGAAGAGUGGCAUUCAUGAAGGCUCAGCGCGAACACUCUCGACGCUUGGAGAAGCAAAUCAGAGUUGCAGACCGAAGGGAAGUGAAGGAGAGACAAGCAGAGAGGAGCCAUUGUCGGCGCUCAGGUGGGUGAACAGGACAGGCAAGGAACAUACACACAGCAGACUCACGGAAGGUGCUCGCCACCCUGGAGAAGCAGCUUCAGGCUCUGCGAGUGUGGAAGGCGUCUCCUCUCUGGGGGCCGAGGACAUCUCCGGGGAACAGGUGCCUUCUUCUGUCAUUCGGAGGCAGGGACGCGCCGGCUCGAAAGUGGAGGUUGGAGGGGAAGACCAGAGAGGCAAACGAGACUCCCUUUCUGUGACUAGUCCCAGACAAACAGCUGGCGACGAGAUAGGGUCCCCAUCUAAGGCCCCCAGCAGGGCCUCGUCAGGGGGACAGACUGACGAAGGCGACUUGUGCAUCAUCUGCUUCCAGGGUCGACCCAAUGCCGUGCUGCUGUUCUGUGGUCACGGCGGCCUGUGCUUCCACUGCGCCCAGACUUGCUUCCGAAGGAAUGGAAGGUGCCCGACAUGUCGCCAGGCGGUGAAGGGAGUGGUGGAACUCCAGGACGAGUCGUGUCAAGUGGAGGAAGAACGGAAUUCUCAAAAGCGAGACGGAGACCGGCCGUGGGAGAAAAGGGGAGACAGACGGGCAGUCGUCACUGCAACAGUGAAAGAUGUGAAAAAGUCUUAAGGGUCUGCAUCCUAGUGUGAAAGCGAGCUCCUCGAAUCCUUUUGUCUAGAAACGGUGGACAAAUGAUGGGGAAAAGGUGGCAAGGAGACAGGAGCCGUCAACGGCUGGGGUUCAUUUUCGCAUGCUGCCGUUGCGAGAUUCGCAAGCUUUUUUCGACAGGGAUGUUUCGUAACUAUUGCUUUGGCGCGGAGGGGGGGGCACACACACGCGUACGGUCUAGGAAUUCUGUUCUUUAUCACGUCUCCAGAGUUGGCAGCGUGCGGGAUGGAACGAGCUGAGCACACCGGAAAAAACAGAUGGACAGAACGGAGUGCGUGGCGACGUCGCAAGAGAACUGGACAGGCAGAGCGAGGGACAUGAAGAAGAAGGAACUCAGCACAGUGAAAAUGGUGUGGAUGGAGGCCAGAGCUUCGUCUUCGUGCAGAAGACGUUUCUGUUGUACUUUGAAAACUUCUGAAACUCCUCGGCAUCGGCUAAACAUGCCUGACAAGACGAAGUAGAGGAGCAGAGAUGCAAACAUGUGUCUCUUUCUCUCGCAGUUUGUCCCCGUUUCAGAGAUUGAAAAAGAACUCUUACGGCAAACAUGUGCGCGUCUGGCUGUCGGUUCGCAGCGAGAAACCAGCCCUCUUUCCUUUUCUUGAUGCGUAUGCGCUCACACGCAUGCGCACACAUUUUGGUGUCAAGGUACAACUAGGGUAGCAACAUAGUUGAGUAGGCAGCAGAGUCGCUUAUACCUCUCCGUGGUUCUCUUGCCCAAUCCAUUAAUGAAAAUAAAAGUCCACGAAGGUCCACGAGCAACGCGCAGUCCGGGGGAAGAACACAAACUCGCGUGGCCGCCGCGCGUCGUCAGAGUUAACGGGAAAGGGCAAGGAAAGUCAACUUCCGGAAGCGCAUGCGUCUUCUUCUCGACAGUGCACAUCGUCCUUACCCUUCUGUGGUCUCUUAACGAGGGAACCACAUGGCGUUUCAAAUCUCGGCAGUCUACGUUGACUGUAUACGCAGGCAGAUCUCUGUAUACCUUGAAUAAGGGAAAGGGCUGUGUGCUCUCAUGGAAUGAUCUAGAGAUGAGUCGAGUAUUAUCCGCACAUGCCACGUGCAAGAAAACCUGAACUAACACGGAACCCAGUAGUACUCGGCAAUCGAAGAUCCCAUCCGUUCUUCGGGAAACAGCUUCCGAAUUGAGAAUAGAGAAUCGGACAGACAAGCUACCCUAACCUUGGUGCACAGCCGGUAUUCGGACCAUGACGAUUUUGCUUAUAUUUCUUCACAUAUAUAUGGGUGCGUAGAUCUGAGUAGCUUGAGAAGAAGGCUUCUGCGGAUCUGGAAAUCCAACACUUGUCGCUGGAUAGCGGGGACAGCCCACAAGCGUUUUCCUCACUUGUGUCUUGCCCUCAACUGGAGCCUUCCCAGCAUUCUCCGUUCCACCUUCCCUAUAGAAUUUCUUUCAAUUCGCAACUUCAAGGCGCUGUCUGGCAGCAUCAUCGCUUCCCGUCAUUCGAACUGCCUCCUCCAAAGAAGCGGAGAAACCGUGUGUCGCUUCUUGCCCACUUUUUCCUCCUUCCCUUCGCGUGAGAGUGGAGUUGAUGAACCUCCACAGCCGCCGAAGGGAAGUGUUCUUUGCUUGCCGCCACCACAUUUGCGUGCUCGACUCACUGUGAGACGAGAUUCAAACCAGUAGUCCAACUCGUAGUAUAUACUGCCGAGAAAAAAAUAAUUUAUAGAGUCGUAGGAGUCCCAUGUUGGUCCGACUCUUCACAUGUUAUCUAAAGCUGUUUUAAAAAGUACAAUCUUCGAAUAUGAGAAUCGAGACGGCGCGACGGUUACGGAGGUGAACGCGUUUACAUUCCUGAUGUGGUAAACAGAAUCAAAUCUUCCUUGAGCGACACGACAGACACCAGAGGCAGCGUGAAAGUUGCUCUGAGUUACAUGAACGAAUUUACAUCCUCGCCUUGCCAGGUCCUCAGCCUACCUCGGGAAGCCGCUUCAGAGUCACCAUUCCCGUGAAAGCCGAACAACGCGGAACGAACAGAAAACCGUUUCUUCGUUUUGAUGGCGUCUGCGCCCUGCGGCGGUUCUGCCGACGGGAGAAACUGGGAACUGACUUUUGUUCUGCCACGAGAGAAGCAUUUUCUGGCAGUGCCUUCAGUUUGACAAGCCAUCGGACGCAACAGAUUAGCCACGAGAACGGUGUCCUUUU